CAUUUGCCAUGAUGAUCGUGGGUCUAUCCCUCGUCGUCACGGUUCUCGUUCUACAGUUCCACCAUCACGACCCUCACGGGGUAAAGAUGCCUAAAUGGGUAGGUAACCAUGGUUACAUUACAUUUCCUGCCAAGCUCUUUGGGGUCAUGUCCUCUUAACUGACCCCUUGAGUCGUAGAGUAGUUCCGGUUCAAAUGCUUAACCCUGUCUGACAUGGAAAAUUGCAUUUCUCUUAAUGGUCCUUCCCUCUGGUUGUGCUUGAGUAGAGGAGUUGUAGAAGUCUAGGAGCAGUUCAAGUUCAGUUUGUUUGCCAUUUGUAUGAAUUCACCAAGUCCGGUUCUGUAGUACCACUGGCUGUACAUGCUUUUGUUUCAGUCUAGGAGGUUGGUCACAAGGGGAUGGUGUCUACAACACCUUAGAAUCAUCUUAGAAUCUCUUCAGUUCCUCCCCAAAGUGGGAGUUUUCAGAGGAAGUGGAAGUGUAAUGUAAGAGCAACAACACACAGUCAAAUCCUGUCAUACAAGAACACUAAAAAUACAUCUUACCCCAGGACACUUCACAAGAAUGAGAGAGCAGCAAAAACCUUGCUGGGGUACAAGAUCACUCCAAGGUCUUUGGUAAACAACUCAUUGACUAGUCCUAUGUCAUCGUAUCGCACAUCUUUAAAGUGUCAGUCCACUUUCAUCGAAUAUUCACAAGAUCCUGUAGAGCCUGCUGCAUUGGAACACAAAGUGGCUGUAGUUCAAAGUCAAGGAAGGCCUGUCAUAGAGACAGCUCAUUGACUAGUCCUAUGUCAUCGUAACAUAUGUCACUUCCUGAAGUGUCACUUCUGCCCUGGCAGACAAGACAGCGCCUGAGGGGAUGACUAGCUCACACAGACAGGCCAGACAUGUUUUAAACAUUAACCAUCUCCAGCCCCGUAGAGCCUCUCUGUGACAUAGUCUGCCUGUGUCCAUCUGGAGACCUAUCCUUGUACAUCUAUGCCUCAUAGCGUUAUUUAUGGCCAUUUUUUCGUCAACAAUGUAAUAAUGUGUUCAUGACGUAUGUGUUUUACUACUUUUUAUAUCAUAAACUUAAUAAAACUGUCCCAUUCUGCCACCUCUCUCCCUAUGUCUUCACCUUUCCUUCCUCUCUCCCUUUUUCCCUCUCUCUCUCUUUCCUCACCCCUACCUCCACUACCCCACCUCUCUAGAUGCGAGUCAUCCUCCUCAACUGGUGCGCCUGGUUCCUCCGCAUGAAGAAGCCUGGCGAGGAACGCAAGAUGGCCGCCACCUCCACCCUCACCACCAACACCAAUACUACAACCAGCUCCACCACAGGAGGCUACAAGUACUCCCACCCUCCCCCUCACCACGCCAGCUCCAGCUCCAUCCAGAUGGGCUCCAUCCCUGGGGGACAGCCCUCCAAUACCUCAACCACCAACGGCAACAUGAACCUGUACUUCGGCUACCACUCCAUGGGUAUGGGAGGGAUGGGAUCCAUGGGGGGGUCUCACGAUAACCCCUGCUGCCCACCUAGCAGUGACUCUUCUGGUGUUGGGGUCUGCAGUGGAGGGGGUGUGGGUGGUAGUCAGACCACAGGGACAGGUGGAACGUGUUCCCCCAACGAGGCGCUACUCUCCGACCGGGACGUGGGAAUCUUCCGGAGGUUGAUGGUGGACCAGAUCCCUGAGAUCGGGCGGAUCCUGGAGGAAGUUCAUUUUAUCGCUCAGAGGUUCAGGGAGCAGGACGAGGGUGAGGCGGUCUGCAGCGAGUGGAAGUUUGCGGCGGCGGUCGUGGAUCGUCUUUGUCUCGUGGCGUUCACGAUCUUCUCCAUUAUCGGCACGUUCACCAUCCUCAUGUCCGCGCCCAACUUCCUAGAGGCUGUGACCAAGGAUUACCUCACGUAA